AUGGCCGACGUUGGCUUCAGGAACCCUUUCGUCUUGCAUCUAAUGUUUGCACUCACAGCGCUGCACCUGGCACACUGCCGGCCCGAUCGACGAGAGCAAUAUGUUACUACGGCAGACCACCACUAUGAGCGAGCACUUGUACUGGUCACACCGGAGAUCGUAAACCUCAACCCAAGCAACUGCGAUGCAGUUUUGCUGGCUGUUCAGAUAAUAUGCUUCAUUAGCUGGGGACGUGGCCCCCAACCCGGCGAGUACCUUGCUUUUGGGAGAGACAAGAAGUCUGACUGGCUGAUGAUGUUUCGCGGCAUCAGAACAACAUCUGCAAGCAUCGAGAGACAGCAAUUUGUCAAGACACGUGCACCGGCAGUGCAAAGUAAGAACCGCCCACUACCAGCUCAAGAAGUACCUGAAGAAUACGAGAAGCAGCUCAACGAAUUACGUGAGCAUGUCGACUUCGUCUCAAAGGAUACGCCGGACCAUGACGACAACGUUCAAGCUGUCGAUAUCCUCCGCGAGAUGUACGACAAUCGAUAUCAAGGUACCGAUACAGAAUACCAUGUUACCUUCGGCUGGUUGUAUCGCAUGACAGACAGCUAUCUCGAGCGUUUGCAGCAGCGCGACCCAAUUCCGAUGAUCAUUUAUGCACAUUUCGUGGUGUUGAUCCGUGUUCUGGAUCAGUUUUGGUACAUGCAGGGAUGGACACACCAUGUUAUGAGUGGGAUAUGGGAGUUGCUGCCCAGAGAGCAUAGAGCAUGGCUGGACUGGCCCAUCAAAAGAGUCGGUUGGGUGAAGCCUUGA